AUGCACGGACUAGUAUUUGAAAUCUUUGAAGACUGGGUCAUUGAAUUACACGGCCUCGAGGCUUGGCAUUCGAUCAAGAAGAAGGCCGACUGUGAUAUCAAGGAUAAGUCGUUUGUCACAAGAACAUUCUAUAACUACGAUAUUUGGAUCGAGCUCGUGACAGCAACAUCGGAGGAGCUUUCCAUGUCCUUCGACGAUGUCCUUGAAUCCUAUGGCAAAUACAGCAUCAGGUAUCACUUCUCUCAUGGGCACGAAGCCCUUUUAAGAUGCCAAGGUUCGACUCUACGACAGUGGCUAUCCAAUCUAAAUGCAAUGCACGAUCACGUACAAAGGAGUUUUCCGGGAGAGAACUUUUGUGCGCCAGUUUUUUGGUGUGAAGACUGUGACACUGUUGAAGGAUCUAUCUUGCUCCAUUACUUCAGUCUACGAGGUUGCCUAUUGGUUCCUUGGGUGGUCGGAAUUGUAGAAGAAUUGGCCUCCUUUCACUUCGAAGUCGAUGUGAAAAUGAAUCUGCUCGCCAAGCAAGAUGGAUAUGCUUCAAAAUUUACCACUUGGAGAAUAACAGCGGCGGAUGAGACCCAAAUGUGGAAGCUUUCUCCCAAAGCUGCUGUACUGAACGACGGCGACGACGACGAAGUCGUUGACUUUAGCGAAGUCAAACUGCCAAGCAAGUGUCCCUUCUCUGGCAAAAAUCUGCAAAAAGAUGCCGACGGCAUUGAUAACAUGUGCCCACAUGGCAAGAAAGAGCUGGAACGAACGACGACCGAGACAACCGCGACAACCGCGACAACUGCUUCCAUGUCCACCGCCGUAUCAACACUCACAGAAGUCAAAGAGACGACUGUUCGACCUGGUCUCUCCUUGGAAAAGAUGCAGGCGGUCUUUCCCUUCCACGUCAUCGUUGACAAAGAAUUCAAGAUUGUCCAAGUGGGUGAGAAGCUCCCGGUGCUUUUGAAAGCCACCAACUCGCAUGAUCUUGUGGGAGUUCAUAUUAAAGACGUGCUCAAGAUCACAAAGCCGGUUCUCGGUACCUCCUGGAAUUGGAGCUCCUUGAAUAAGCUUUCGGACCAAAAUUUCUUCCUCGCACCUGCUAUCGACGACGCGAGUACAGGUAAUCGAGCAACACACAUUACAGCGGAUGGGCAGCAAAGGUUCGGAAUGGGGGGAGGUGCCGUCAAAUUCAAGGCUUCUAUCGUGGACUUGGACGGGGAUUUGGCCAUGUUUACGCUCAGUCCUGAAGCCCGAAACGUGGAAGAUCUUAACCACAUGGGUCUAGAUUUUUCCGAUUUGCCGCUUCAUAGUUGCCAACGAGAUGCCGUUUUCCUCGGUGAAUACAUUCGACAAGAAGCUGACAAAGCACACGGAUUGGAUAAGCUGAGCCGAACGCUCGGAUCCGAACAGGCUCUUUCCAACACGCUCCUGUACAACAUUCUUCCAAAACAAGUCGCGGAUGACUUGAGAAAAGGAAAGACUAUCGAACCCAAGUUCCACGAGAAUGUCACUCUGUUCUUUUCUGAUAUCGUUGGAUUCACCGACCUUUGCGGCCAGGUCGAACCUUGGGACAUUAUCGAUAUGAUGAAUCAAUUGUAUUCUGUCAUGGAUUUCUUGGCUGCCAAGUUUAAGCUUUACAAGGUCGAGACUGUUGGUGACGCAUACAUGUGCUGCUCUGGGCUUCCUGAACCCGAUCAAUACCAUGCCGAGAAUGUUGCCAACUUUGCUUUGGCAGUCUUGGAAUGCGUCAAGCAUAUCAAGUCUCCGGUCACCGGCGAGCCCAUCAACCUUCGAAUUGGAAUCCACACUGGAAGCUGUACUUCUGGUGUGGUGGGAACCUUGACGCCUCACUACUGUCUCUUUGGAGAUAUGGUCAACUUUACCAGUCGCCAUGAGUCGACCGGUGCUGCAGGAAAGAUCCAUGCCUCGAGUUUUCUCUACGGUCGACUCACGCACUUUUCACAAUCCGACAACCAAGAAUUCCGCUUCAAGGCAAGAGGUCUUGUCGACAUGAAGGGAAAGGGAGAACACUACACCUACUGGCUCGAAAGCGGUACCGAACAUAAUGAAUAUGCAAAUCCCACUGCUCUCGAAGAUCUGUCGGAAGAAGUCGAAGCAAUGAUCUCAUCCGAGAAAUGGAAGAUGCGAAAGUAUUUCAAAAAUGGAGGCAUUCUGAGAGUGAAGCAACCUGUAGCUUCAGAUAACACUGCAACCAAAGCUGAAUCUCGAAGGUCCAGUGGCAUCUCUGCAAAAGGAGCGGGUGCUCUUCAAAGGGACAGUGAAAUAAUGGAGGCUAUCAAAGAAGAUGAUAUUCAAACUUACUCCGAGAUGGACUUCGAAGAGGAUGCCAUCGAUUCUUUUGGCAAGAGCUGGGAGAAUCUUCAAUGGGGUGAAUGCUCCAAGAAUGCCUUGCAAGGAAAGAUCUUUGAUAUUCUAUUGAAGGUAUUGCAACAGUGUAUUGGCAAGGGUGGCGCACGACUCAACGUGAUCAAUGGUCAACUUGAGAAGUAUGUCAAGACGAUCGCAGAUCUCUACAGUGAAGCGAAUGCAUUCCACAGCUUUAAGCUUGCCGCUGAAGUCGUCCUUCGCGCAAACUUCAUCUGGGACACUUGGGCUACUGAUGUGAGCAAAGAUCCAUGGGAUCACUUCAUGCUUUUGUUUGCAGCUUUGAUCCAUGGCGUACAACAUACCGGUAUUGACAAUUCUCGUCUUGAAGCUGAGAACGAUGUCAUUGUUGCAAUAUACCGUAAGAAACGAGCCUAUCAACAGAGGAGCUCUUUCGAUUGUGCUUUUGAAAGGCUCGAUGAAGACUUCGAGGAGCUUUGCGAAGAGAUUAUCUUUGGAUGCCCCAACUUUCGAGCUUCCGUCAAGAAGUUGGUGGUGAACUUUACAGACUUGGAAAAUGAGGAAAUGCUUCGUGCGAUGGUUGAGAACUUCGAGAAGAUCUUGGCCAAGACUUCCAAAACUCAGCGCGCAUUGAAGGAGCAACGCGAAGCUAAGGUUGGCUUGGUUCUUGCAAUGUCUACUAUUGGUCACUAUGCCCAAUCGUAUGACAAUUUCUUAAAGUGGAACCACCUCAACUUCCAAGAACAUCUCAAGGCUCAUCGUUCUGGUCGCUCUGAAGAUCCACGCGACAGUUGGUACUACGAGCAGAAUAUGUUCUUUUCGGACGCUCUCGUACCACUUGUGAAUCAGAUUGGGAGGGCCUUACCGAAGGCAACUUGUCUUGGAGACUGUGUGCUGCGCAACAUUGAGCAAUGGCGAAGCAACGGACGAGAUAGACUCGCCGCAAGUCUUGUCUCAACUGCGACUGUGGAAGAUGAUCGAGGAGAGAAGAUUUCAUUGGACCGAAUGGGAGCACUCGUUGCCGCCAAUGUUGAAUUGCUGGAAGAUCUUUUGAAGGACAUCGUGACUUAUCCUGCCGAUAACGGAUAUGAAGACAAUGCCAUUGCCGAUUUUACGCCAACUCCUGAUCUUCCAUCACAUGUUCGAACUGAACUCCGACAUUUUGUCAUUAUGAUUGCUUCUGGCUAUGAAUCGAAUGACUUCCACAACUUCCAACACGCCAGCCACGUUGCUCAUCUCGCCAACCUUCUCCUGAAUGGGAUCAAUGGCGUCGACGGCAGCAAAGAUGGAUCUGGAAUCGCAUCCGACCCACUUGCUCGUUUCGCAAUUGUUCUUUCUGCUUUGGUGCACGAUAUUGGACACACUGGUGUUCCAAAUGGACAGGUAGCCAUUGAAAAUCCACGACUGGCAGAGAAGUACUCGAACAAGAGCAUCGCGGAGCAGAACUCGAUCGAUAUUGCUUGGAACAUUUUGAAUUCAGAAUCCUUUGAACACCUCCAAAACUACAUUUUUGAGGAUGCUGGGGAACGCGAGCGCCUCCACAAACUUCUUGCCAACUGUGUCAUGGCCACUGAUAUCUUUGACAAGGAUCUCCGCUCCAUUCGCAAGGCCCAAUGGGACAAGGCCUACUCUCAUAAGAAGUCAUUUGAUUCUGACGAAGAAGAAGAGAACCUGAAGACAACCAUUGUGAUUGAUCACAUCAUGCAAGCAGCCGAUAUUGCUCACACCAUGCAAGAUUGGGAGCUCUAUCGCGAAUGGAACGAGCAUCUGUUCUUGGAAAUGUACCAAGCUUUUUUGGACGGUCGUUCUCAGACGGAUCCAUCUUCAGGAUGGUACGGUGGCGAGCUUUGGUUCUUUGAUAACUGGGUCGUCCCUCUUGCCACAAACCUCAAGGCUUGCGGUGUCUUGGACAUCGUGAGCGAGCAACUUGUCAAGCAAGCCAAAAGCAACCGUGACCGGUGGGAAACGCAUGGGAAGGAGAUCUGCGAAGCCAUGUUCAUAUCCGCUACAGCCAAGGUGAACUCCCGUAGUGCGCAUCAUGCAAGAUCAACUACUCCCAUGCACCCGACCGAGUCUGAAAUUCUGAUGACCUCCAAGAUGGUGACAGAGGUGGAAGGCUUGGCCAAGGUUGUCAAAAGAUACGAACGCAAGAUGCAAUCUGCCUGUGGGAAUCUCAUUGCUGUCGCCUACAAAGGCCGUCCAGGUGGAAAGGAACUUCGCAAGAAGUCCUGGGGUGACAUUCACAACCACUUCAAACAGCAAGAAUGGUACAAAAUGUAUAAUGCGGAUGAUGAUGAGCCUAGCAGUGCUGAUGGGAGUCUGCCAGCACCAACCGUAAACAUUGGCAAACUUGGUUCCUUACACCUUCGUGGGCGCAGGAUCGGUCGAGUCAGCAUUGUUAGCAAUCAUGAUGACGACUUCAGCAUGGGUGACGACGUUUCGUCCAUUGGCGGCAGCUUUGCCUCUGGCUUGCCCAACCAACUCUUGAAUGCCGAGAAAAUCAUCACUUCCUCAGCUGAUGGACUGAACUAG